AUGGUGGUGGGACCAGAGUUGUUGAGGCAGACUACUAAGAAGGUCAAGCUCAUACAAGGAAGAAUGAAAGCAUCCCAAAGUAGGCAGAAAUCCUAUGCUGAUAAGAGGAGAAGACCUUUGGAGUUUGCACUUGGGGACCACUUGUGUGGGAAGGGCAAUCCGCUCGAGGAAAUUUUAAGGAAGUAUGUGCUUGACCCCUCUCAAGUGCUGGAGGUGGAAGACUUGCAAAUUAGAGGAGAUCUUUCAGUGGAGGUUCAGCCUGUUGGUCUUGGUGAUAUCCAGACAAGGCAGUUGAGAGGGAAGUCCAUCAGUCUAGUCUAG